AUGCCUGUUGUUCCCAUCCUCCCUUACCGGAGCCGCUUUGAACUGAUGGACCGUCUGUACUCUGCCGACGAUCUGUACACGGUUCGGCACAGAGAAGACGAACCCCUACGGGAAUACGUUGUGCGCUUCAGUCAUGAAUACUCGAGGUGUCCGAAAACGGAUGAUAAGAAAGCCUACGACGCCUUCAAGAGUGGCCUUCGGUCCUUUCACUUUCGGUAUCUCGUGCACAGUAGCAACUCGUCCACGCCAAGGCUGAAUAUUUCAACUCUAAACCCAGGCCUUCGGCUCGGUAGGAGGAAUCAGCACCAAAGAGCUAUCCUGGGAGGACUAACGACUUUUGGGCAAGUCACAAGCGAAAUGAUGACCGUGAUAAUCGGCAAGGAAGCUCAAAGAAGGGGUGUGGGAAAUACGGUCGCAACGACCACCGAGCGCCACUAUCGAAUCACGAUCGUGCUCAGGAAGUCUUCACUCUGUUGA